AUGAGUGAAAUGAAUAUUAAUAAUAACAAUAAUAUCAGUGCAACACUAGUCACGCACCACAGUUCAAAUUAUGAAAAUCUAUCAAUAAACACAAAACAACAAAUAUUAGAAAUUGAGGACAAAAUUCAGGAAAUUAAUCUCGACAGCGAUAACGAGACGAUAAAUCCUAAUAAUGUCGGUGAAGAAGAAGAGCAAGACCAACAGCAACCAGAAGAGACUAUUCGCUUAUCUAUUAUCAUAAUGAGUGAAAUGAAUAUUAAUAAUAACAAUAAUAUCAGUGCAACACUAGUCACGCACCACAGUUCAAAUUAUGAAAAUCUAUCAAUAAACACAAAACAACAAAUAUUAGAAAUUGAGGACAAAAUUCAGGAAAUUAAUCUCGACAGCGAUAACGAGACGAUAAAUCCUAAUAAUGUCGGUGAAGAAGAAGAGCAAGACCAACAGCAACCAGAAGAGGCGAAGCCGCACGAAAUCGGAAACGUACGUUACGGCAAAUGCAAGUGGUUUAAUGUGGCCAAAGGAUGGGGUUUCAUAACGCCGCACGAUGGCGGUCGGGAAGUAUUUGUUCAUCAGAGCGUGAUACAAAUGUCCGGCUUUCGUUCAUUAGCUGAACAAGAAGAGGUCGAAUUCGAGUGCAAAUUAUCUGAAAGAGGUCUCGAAGCCGUACGUGUUUCCGGUAGAGAAGGCACCGAAUGUCAUGGUUUUGUCACAAAAUCGGGGUCGAUUAGUUUAAACUCGCCAUUGGUUCCUUCCCAUGCUAGAAGAAGACGUUAUCGUCGCAUACGUUGCUACAAUUGCGGCAAUUUUGCCAAUCACAUCGCAAUAAAAUGCAAUCUUGGACCACAACCAAAAAGUUGCCAUCUGUGUAAAUCGGUGUGCCAUCUAUUUGCCAAUUGUCCAACUAAAAAGGAUGAAACGCUUUCCGGAACGAAAAAGCAUUCGAAUAAAUCCGCCGAGUCUACUGCGUCUGCGCAAACAGCGAACGAGUGCAAAGAUCUUACAGGAAAUAAUGAUAAUAAAUAGUUUACCUUUAACUAUUCGUAAUGAUGGAAAGUACAAAAACAACCAAAAAAUUACUUUGCAGCUUUGUUCUACCUACAACAUUCCAUAGGCCAAAAAAGAAAAAAAACAAAAAAAAAACAAAACUAAAAAUCCUGAAUGCUAAAAACAAUAACAACAAAGAGCUUUAUCCAAGCAUCUUAAGAAAAAGUACAAAAUAUCAUUUUACAUAUGGUACAAAUAAAUACACUGUGAGUGAAAGAGAGCAGACAGAGACGGAACGAGGGAAAAAUACAAGAAACUUAUGUAACUAAUAUGUAAAGCAAAGCAGGAACAAU